CUCUGAGGAACACAUGUCCUUUCACCUCUUGACUCUCUCUACUUUUCUUUCUUACUCUUAUCUCUCUCCGCCAUAACAUCCUGCAAAAUCACACUUACAACUUCUUAUUAUCGACUUAAAACACACACGCACACACAAAUAACUAGCCAUGACCACUAAUUUAGAGACUAGGUCAUUGCUCGAUGAGCUACGCAGCUUCGACAAAGGAGGCUUCUUCGAUCUCGGUCACCCUCUCCUUAAUCGCAUUGCUGAGAGCUUUGUCAAAGCUGCUGGCAUUGGAGCCAUUAAAGGUGUUGCCAGAGAGGGUUGUUAUCUAGCUCUUGAAGGAACUAAAUCAAGAAGUAGUUCCACUGAUAUCAGUGCUAAGAACAAUAAGAAGAAUCCAUUUCCUUAUCUCAGAGGAGAAACCAAUCGAAAAUCGCUCGAAGCAAUGGUGAAGAGCACUGGAAAGGAAUCUCUACAAUGGGGCCUGGCUGCCGGCUUAUAUUCGGGUAUCACAUACGGCUUACAAGAGGCUCGUGGCGCUCAUGAUUGGAAAAACAGUGCGGUUGCGGGGGCACUUACAGGGAUGACAGUGGCACUCACAUGUGAGAAACCUUGCCAAGAACACGUGUUGCAAUGCGCCAUCACCGGAGCCGCCCUUUCAACGGCGGCCAAUCUUCUGACAGGAGUGUUUUAAAACCUUUUGUGUCUUUAAUAAAGACAUCAAGAAAAAACUGGUUGUCUCAGUAUUUAAAGUUGUUCCACAGCUUAAGACUAUAUGACCAUGAAAUGUGUUAGUAUUCUCUUAUUUUGCUCAUAUCAUGUUUCUUUCUAAAUGGAAUUUUAUCAUCUUGAAUUA